UUUCCUCCUGCAUAGAAAGUGAUAAAGUGAUGGAGAACACAAUAGAAAACCUGAGGCAAAAACUGCAAGAGAGGGAUCAUGAGAUUGAGAGGGUUCUACAAGAGGAGACCGAGAGCCUUAUGGAGUUCAUGAGGGAAGAACUACAGCAAAGAGAGGAUGAGAUUGAGCAAAAGAGACAAAAAUUAGAAAAGAAGGAUGAAGAGAUUGAAAGAAUGAGGCAGGAACUAGAGGAAGGGGAUGAAAAGUUGGAGAAAAUGACACGUAAACUUGAGAAGAGGAACAGAUUAAUCGAGAGAAUGAGAGAAGAACAGGAAGAGAAGGACGAAAUAAGGCAGGAAUGUGAUCACAAGAUAGAGAGAAAAAGACAAAAACUGGAAGUGAAGGAUGAAGAAAUUGAGAAAAUGAGACUAGAACUGAAAGAAAAGGAUGAAGAAAUGGAGAGAUUGAGGCAAAAACUUGAUGGGAAAAAAGAAACAAUAUUAGAGAAGGAUCAAGAGAUUGAAAGACUGGGACAGUUGCUAGAUCACAAGAUGGAGAAAAGAAGACAAGAACUAGAAGAGAAAGAUGAAGAGAACGACAUAAUAAGACAGGAUCUUGAAGAGAAGGUUGGAGAGAUAUAUAGACUAACUCAGGAUCUAGAAGAGAAAGAUGAAGAGAUCGACAGAAUAAGACAGGAUCUAGAGGAGAAAAAUGAAGAGAUAGACAGAAUAAGACAGGAUCUAGAAGAGAAAUGUUAUCAUUUUUACUAAAUUCUAGAUGGUCACUGAUCCUGGACCCGGUUCUAACCACAUUUGCUCAAGCUAUAGUGCAUUCUGUCAAAGAUCCGAGUUCGGCUGGAGUUGGUUCAGGAAGAUUUGUGUUAGUUACGGUUUGGAACGAUAGAAAAUGUGAAAUGGAACUAACUGUGUUGCUAUGUUCUAGAGAUAUGGAAUUCCACAAGGAUCUACCUUAGGGCUGUUACUAUUUAUGUAGCGGGUGGAGGCAUGGUGCAUUUUAAUGUGAGACUUUUAUUCUGAAAAUAGCUGUCCGAGUGUAGUUGUU